UGAACUCGCCGGCUAUAUCAUCUAUGUAUAUGUAUAUAUUUGUCUCUUUCAAUCCAAAAAAAAAAAAAAACACGGCAUUUCGAACAUAGUCGGCCAUGUCCAAUUCCAUAACAAGAAGUUAAAAAAGGACUCUCUCUUUCUCUCUAACUAACCAGAGACAGAGAGCUACCAUUUAUGCAACAGAGAAACCCAACAAGAAACAGAGUCAAAGACAUUAUGUUCUCUGUCAAAUCACCCUCUUUUCUUCUUCUACCAGUCUUCCUCACAUUCUCUUCAACCUUCUUUUAUUCAUACUCUGAUGGAGCUUCUCAGAAUCUUCACCUUCAAACCAUUCACAUUUCAGGAAUAGCCAAUGAGAGUGAAUAUGGAGUGGUUUCGUGGGGAACGAGGAGGUCUGUUCUUGAGGGACCAUCUUUGAUUUUGGCUGCUGAGAGAACGCACAGGAAAGAUCCAUUUGAUAAUUUCAAGUACUACACUGGUGGAUGGAAUAUUAGUGAUCAUCAUUAUUUCUAUUCUGUGGCUUUUACUGGUGCUCCCCUCUUUGUUAUUGCUGCAAUCUGGUUUGUGGGAUUUGGCCUCUCUCUGCUCCUCCUCUGUCUCUGUUGUUGCUGCUGCCAACGUCGAUACUAUGGCUAUUCUCGAACAGCUUAUGCGCUCUCUCUCAUUUUUCUGACGUUGUUCACCAUUGCUGCAGUAAUUGGAUGCGUUGUUUUGUAUACUGGACAAGGGAAGUUCCAUACUAGCACAUCGAAUACAUUGGACUAUGUCGUGUGGCAAGCUAACACCACUGUUGAGAGUCUUGGGAGUGUAUUGGAUUAUCUUGAAGCAGCUAAGCAUAUCAGAGUGGAUCAACUUUUUUUGCCUCCUGAUGUUCAAAACAACAUCAACAAGGUUGAAACUGACAUCAAUACUGCUGCUACAACUCUUGAACAUGAGGCAAGGAGGAACCAGAAGGAUAUACAGAGCGUUCUGAACUCCGUGAGGCUGGCUCUCAUCAUAAUUGCUGCUGUAAUGCUUCUCUUGGCUUUGCUCGGUUUCUUAUUCUCGGUUCUUGGCUUGCAGUUUUUUGUAUACAUUUUGGUGAUGAUCGGGUGGAUUCUCGUUGCUGGCACCUUUAUCUUGUGUGGUGUGUUUCUCGUGCUUCAUAAUGUGAUGGGGGACGCAUGUGUUGCGAUGGACGAGUGGGUCCAAAACCCCACGGCUCAUACAGCUUUAGAUGAUAUUCUCCCAUGUAUGGAUAAUGCAACUGCCCAAGAAACCUUGUCUGAAAGCAAAGAAGUUAUAUUUCAACUGGCUGCCAUAGUUAAUCAGAUCAUCACCAAUGUGUCCAACAAUAAUGUACCCCCACCCCCACCCUUUGCUCGACCCCCUCUUUAUUACAAUCAAUCUGGACCUCUUGUGCCUGUCUUAUGUAACCCAUAUAAUCCUGACAAGUCUGACCGGAAAUGUGCAGCCGGUGAAGUUGAUUUCAGCAAUGCAACACAGGUUUGGAAGAAUUACGAGUGCCAAGUGUCAAAGAACAAUACUUGCAUCACCGUGGGGCGCUUGACCCCCGACAUGUACACGCAGAUGACUAAUGCAGUCAAUGUGAGCUAUGGUCUGUAUCAUUAUAGUCCAUUCCUUAUCAGUCUACUAGAUUGCAGUUUCGUUCGCGAAACAUUCACUGCCAUAAGCGACGAUCAUUGUCCUGAUUUGAGGCAAUACAGCAAGUGGAUCUAUAUUGGAUUGGCCAUGGUAUCGGCUGCAGUGAUGCUUUCUUUGGUCUUCUGGAUACUUUAUGAGAGAGAGAGACGACACCGGAAAUAUACCAAACUUGCCAAAGCUGCAGCUGCUGAAGAUUCUUUCCAACAGAAAAGGCCAUGA